AUGUCCGACAAAGGUGCAGAGGGCCAUAAGCGCUCCAAAUCUGCUCUGGCCAAGUCGCUGCUUCACCGAGACAAAUCGAAGAGUAUCGACACCGACGGCGAGUCUAGUAUUGCAGGUUCCGAGGCCGGCUCCGAACCCCCCUCUCCUACGAUAGGCGCCCCGUCAAGCCACCACUCCUUUGGAGGCCUUCGAUCUUCUCGUCACAAAGCGAAGACAUCGAGCGGUGUUGCUGGUAUGGACAUCUCAAGUCCCAGCACCGCUGCUUUGACUCGAGACGCUGCUGCUAAACAACAAGACACUGGCCCUACGAUCCAGCAAUCCGUCCGAAUGUUCAAGUUGUUUGAGAUUCUACGAAGUGGAGACAGUGCAGCAAUUGCCAAAGCUGUCACCGAAACAUCUACUAUGCCCACCAUCAGCGAGGAUGCGGAGAAGGGUGCAGCAGCUGGGACAGGGACCUUGGAUGGUACAACGAUCCUACACUUAGCCAUCCAGUGUGCCGAUCCCUCUGUGGUUGAGCAGAUAUUAUCUGUUGCCAAGACUACGCCAGGAGCUAGCAUAGAUAUCAAUGCCCGAGAUCGUGAUGGGAACACCCCACUUCAUCUCGCUUCUAUGCUUGGACGGCCUACCACUGUACGCCUACUACUAGACCAAGCAGAUGUCAAUGAUUCUCUCCUGAACUACCAAAGCCGCUCUGCUUUAGACCUUGCUAAGACACCAGACAUCUUUCAGCAGUUACAACUUUCUCGCUCAUUGUUCGUCGAUACCACUGUCAAAGACAUCCAGAAGCUCGUCAGCAAGCAAAACUAUGAUCAGCUCCAAGCUACCCUUCAGGACUCACGUGUUGAGACUGUCCUUGACGUCAAUGGUGGAGAGCUUGCAACAGAUCCCAGUACUGUUGAAAGUGGAGGCACACUACUACAUGAAGCCGCGCGCAAAAGGGAUACCACGCUGAUACAGUUGCUGCUAAUGCACGGAGCCGACCCUUUUCGUCGAGACCGCAGGGGCAAACUCCCUCAAGACGUCACAAAAGAUGACAGGACACGAAGUAUCCUAAGAAAGUCGCCUGCUGCAGCUGCAGCUCAGAGAGGCAUCCAAGAGAAAGCAAUCCUAGGUAGCGGUUCGGCUCAAACCCCAGAUAACGCGCCUGGCGGGAAGGACGCUCGAGAGAUGAAAGGCUACUUGAAGAAGUGGACAAAUUACACAAGUGGAUAUAAGUUGAGAUGGUUCGUCUUGGAGGAUGGGGUGCUAAGUUAUUAUAAGCAUCAGGAUGACGCUGGCUCAGCGUGUCGUGGAGCCAUCAACAUGCGCAUUGCCAAACUCUAUAUGGACCCCAAAGACAAGACCAAUUUUGAGAUACAGGGAAAAUCAUCCGUUAAGUAUCAUCUCAAAGCAAACCAUGUCGUGGAAGCCAAGAGGUGGUUUUGGGCACUGAAUAAUGCGAUUCAGUGGACCAAAGACGAAGCUAAAGAGACUGAGAGGCAGAAACAACGAAAGGAAGGGAUGCUACGCCAAGCUAAAGCGGGACAAUUGCCACAGCUCGCGGAUGAAUCGAAGGAGCUCGGAACAACAGAUGCAUCUAGGCUUAGCGGCAAAGGUCUUGCCCCUGCCACCGCAGUGGGUGUUCCUCUUACAGCGUCUUCAUCACGAUUAUCAUUCCAAGAGUCCACGUACGGGGAUGAAGAGGGCUCAAUGUACGAUUCGUACGAACCCGGCGCUGCGGACAGGGAACUAGCCCGUUCAGUAAGGGGUGCACAGACCACCACAAUCGCGGGUGACCUGGACGACGAGGAAGAAUAUGGAGAUGACGCGAGUGAUCACGAGAUCCAACCUCUUAGCAAGGACGCGUUCAAUAUCACUGCCCACUCAGCCAGUCUCCAGCUAAGGCUUCUUGCCCAAGUUUCGGCAGCGCUGCAAGCGGAAGGCUCUAAAGAUCACGCCGUUUCGAUCUCUGAUUCUACGGUCAAACAGGCUCUUUCGACCUAUGAAUCUGCAGUUGCUAGUCUCCAAGGCCUGGUUGGUGACCUGCUUAAGAUCUCUCGUGACCGGGAUGCGUACUGGCAAUACAGGUUAGAUCGGGAAGCAGAUGUGCGAAGGCUAUGGGAAGAUAGUAUGGCCCGGGUCGCAAAGGAGCAGGAAGAGCUUGAGGGCCGCAUUGGCGAGUCAGAAGAGAAACGAAAACGAACGAAGCGAGCCCUGAAAGAGGCUUUGGAAGGGACUUCAGACUCUGUUGCGCCAAGCAGAGGCAUGUCUCAAGACGAAGGUCAAAUUUCAGCAACCCUCGAAAAUAUUCAACUCGGCCAACGAAGCCCUGCUCGUCCUCGUACAAAAUCGAUUGGCUUCAGAGACCAAGGGAGGAGGAAGUCUACAAUUGCAGAUCUCACGAAUCUCUCCGAUUCAGAUUCCGAUGAAGACGAGGAAUUUUUCGAUGCUGUAGAUGCGGGGGAGGUGGAAGUCAUAGAUGUGAUGCCACCGUCGAGUCCGCUAGCCCUUCCUGAGGACGAUGCAACAGAUCAGAAAACUUCCGAAGAUGGAGAUCUGCGUGAGAAAAAGUUGGCAGAUAUCAAGGCCUCGUUCAAAGGAUACGAAGAUCCCAUCCGCAAACGAUUCAAGAUGGAAGCUGACAAUAGACCAAAAAUCUCUCUCUGGGGCAUUCUCAAAUCCAUGAUUGGAAAAGACAUGACCAAAAUGACACUACCGGUGUCCUUCAACGAGCCAACUUCCUUAUUGCAACGGGUGACAGAAGAUAUGGAAUACACCGAUCUAUUGGACACGGCAGCUGAUCGAGCCGACUCGACCGAGCGCAUGGUCUACGUUGCAGCGUUCGCCGCGAGUGAAUAUGCAUCAACCAUUGGCCGUGUUGCCAAACCUUUCAAUCCGUUGCUCGGUGAGACUUAUGAAUAUGUGAGACCAGACAAGGGCUACCGCUUCUUCAUCGAACAAGUCAGCCAUCAUCCACCCAUUGGCGCAGCGUGGGCUGAAGCGCCGAAAUGGGACUACUAUGGCGAAUCAGCAGUCAAGUCCAAAUUCUACGGCAAGUCCUUUGAUAUCAACCCCCUCGGCACCUGGUUCCUCAAACUCCGCCCUACAACUGGUGGUGAAGAGCUUUACACCUGGAAAAAGGUUACCUCCUCCGUGAUCGGCAUCAUCACCGGCUCACCCACAGUCGACAACUACGGCCCCAUGGAAAUCAAGAACUGGAGCACCGGCGAAGUCUGCACGCUCGAUUUUAAGCCUCGGGGCUGGAAAGCAUCAUCGGCGUAUCAGGUCAACGGCAAAGUGACAGGCAAGGAUGGCAAGACAAAGUGGAGCAUCGGUGGUCGGUGGAACGACAAGAUCUAUGCUCGCUUGACCCCAGGCUUCGAAGAUUCAGAGCUCAAACCUGGCAAGUCCCACGAACCAGGCUCCAAUCAAGCCUUCCUGGUCUGGGAAGCCCACCCGCGUCCCCCAAAUAUCCCAUUCAACCUAACCCCCUUCGUCGUAACAUUCCAAAACCUCCCUCCCAACCUCCGGCCCUACCUCCCGCCCACCGAUACCCGUCUUCGCCCCGAUCAGCGCGCUAUGGAAGACGGCGAGUACGACGUCGCUGCUACCGAGAAGAAUCGGGUAGAAGAGAAGCAGAGGGCUAAGAGGAGGGAGAGAGAGGCUAGGGGAGAGGAAUUUGUGCCGAAGUGGUUCAGUAAGGGGAGGUGUGAGGUUACUGGGGAGGAAUAUUGGGUCACUAAUGGGCGAUAUUGGAGGGUGAGGGAUGAGGUGGGGAGUGGCAGUGGGAGGUGGGAGCAGGUAGGGGUUGACGACAUCUUUGGGAAGGAUGAGGAGGAGAAGGAGAGGUAA